GGGAAGUGCUGUUUCGACGACCAUCCCUCAUUUAAAAGCCGCACUUGCACUGAGUAAAGUUUAUAACGGAGACUCAAACGUGUGUUUUCUUUGGCAUUCGCAAAAUGAAGAUCUUUACCUUUGAGAUUUUACUGUAUUGUUGUGUAGCAUCACAAGCCUCGAUCAGUUGGAGACGAAGAACUCCACCCUCCGAGAACUUCUCGAAACGUCAAAUAUCCAAAAAUCUUGGUCCCUUGCAAGUCAAGUACGGCCAGAUCACAUUUGACGCAGAAGGCAACGACAUUCCCACAAGCAGAUAUUUUAGCCGUAAACCACACGUACCAAACUCAGCUUCUGGUAUAACCAUUGGCAGGGGUUACGAUCUCAAGCACCGAAGCCAAACGCAAGUGUACAGUGAUUUAUCAGGGAUUGGAUUGUCAAGAGCAAUCGCACGAGCAUUCUCAAAAGGAGUUCAUUUAACAGGCCAAACGGCAAGAAAUUUCUUGAAGAGAAACAAUCUCCAAAGUUCUGUCAUUACACACGAACAACAAAAGAAACUAUUUUACAUCGCUUACGAUCCCAUAGCUGCUGAUGCCAGACGCCUAGCAACCAAACCAGACGUGCAAAGAGCAUACGGGAGGACCAACUGGGCCCUAUUGAACAACGCAAUCAAAGAUGUGGUGGUUGAUUUACGAUAUCGAGGGGAUUACACGCCGACAACUAGAAGAAUGAUUCAACGUGCAAUUGUAGCAAAUGAUUUGCAAAAGUUUACACUACUUAUGAGUGAUUCAAAUUACUGGCUGAACACGAUCAGGGUACCGAGAGAUCGAUUCUUGCGGAGAAAAAAUGCCUUGAUUCAUGCUGGAUAGAAAUCAUUGUUGUCAACAUUUUCAUAUACAUAUAUCAGUAGAUAUAUUUCCUUGUUUGCUUUUAGUAGCUAAAGUUCGUAUUAAAAUCAUCGUUUUGACUGGCCUGCCAUAAAAAUUAUUAAAAUUUGCUAACCAUUCAAACUAGAAACGUGUAUGUGGUCCA